CUCACACUAUCCUCCUCCUAGCAUCAGAUCCUCCUCAAUAUCUCAUCAUGUCUGUUGUUGCUUCACUCCAAAGCCACUCCGAGUUCCAAACUCUUAUCAACUCGGGCCAAGUUGUUAUAAUCGACUUUUGGGCUCCAUGGUGUGGUCCUUGCCGGUUCAUAAGCCCGGUGUUUGAAAAACUGGCCUCCGACCAAGCGUUCAGUUCGAUCAAGUUUGUCAAAGUCAAUACGGAUGAACAGGACGACAUUGCGACUGAGGUUGGAAUCAGGUCCUUGCCAACUUUCAUGGUUUUUCAGGGUGGCCAACAGGUGGAUCAGCUUGUGGGUGCUAGCCCCCCAGCCCUGGAGCAGCUUGUUCGGAAACAUGCAUAAAUAUUCUGGCCCUAAUUAGAUAGAUAUGCUGUCCGGUGGUCAGGAAAGGAGAACCAUCAGGUCAAGCUGUGUGAGAUCGCUGGUUUGUCAUAGGCUUGGACCUUCCUCAUGAGCUUUGUCACUUAGUUUUGCU